AUGAAAAGGUCUCAUGAUCCAGAUGCAGCAUCGACGUCCAAGCAAAGGAAGGAAUGUGAUAUUGAAAAAAUUCUUUCUGAUGUAUGUAUUCCAGAGCAUGUUUGGAAAAUAAUAUUUUCUCUUAUGAAAGAUCAGAAUAAAUUACUCAAAUUACGCUCUACGAAUAAAUUCUUCGACUCAUUGAUAACUUCGAAGAUUUACUCGGAAAAAUUGUGGGAAAAAUUGUCAUAUCAGCAUAAAAUAAUCCCAUGGCACAGGCAAAUAGCUGCAUCAGUUCGGUUGCUUCAUUUCCCUGAGACAGAUGAAACUUUAGCCAAUCACGAGAGGUGGAGGAAAAUUUACUUUGGAUACAGGAAGUGGGUUCAAACGCCAAAUAUUAGAAGAAGCCCGGAAUUAUUGUCACUGAUUCGAACCGAGUCGAUGAUUAAAAAAUUUACUUGUGUAGCUGCAUGGGGAGGUUUCACUGCUUCGGCGAUCAAUAAAGGAAUGAUUUCUGUUUAUUUUAAUUUACAGUAUUUGACGGAAUUAAGUUUACCAACGUUAUCAAAAUAUUUAAAAGUUGAAAAAUUGGAAUUUUGGAAGCAAAAAAAUGCAUCUGUUAUUAUUUACGGAAGACUAGAAAGUGGACAAGUUCUUUUUUGGAAUGUGUGGGAUGGAGAGAUUAUUAACUCUAAUGCUCCAUUUUAUGAGAAUAUUCGAUGCAUGGAUCAUAGUGAUCUAAUUAGUAUAAAUAAUAACCUAUCAAAGCUAAUAGAUUAUUACUAUAUCGAAGAAACCGAAGAAAUCAUUGGAGAUCAUUACCGAAUUCUCGGACUAUCACAACUACGUACAAAUUUAGAAGAAUAUAAAAUUCUUGAUUUCUUCAGCAAUCCAGAAUAUGUUGUAGUUGCGUAUAAAAGCGAAAGUAAAUUAUUAAUAGUAAAAAUAAAGAUUAUUAUGGAACAAGAUUAUAAAUUAUACCAAUUUCAUGAUAGUUGGACAAUUGAAUUGGACGGAAGUUUUACAGAAAGUUUGAUAUGUCAUAUUCCAAUUUGCGACAUUGUUCUUCUAGCUGAUGGUCAACAAUUAUUUAUGCUGACUCCCGAAAGAUAUUUUGAUGAGGUUAGGUACCAUGUAAGCACUUUGAAAUUCCAAAAAGAGAUUACCAGCUUGAAGAUGUUCUGCAAUUGUAUAAUUAUUGGUUAUGUUGACGGAACAAUAAAAACUAUUUACAUUGAUGAUUACCAGACUUAUGAAAAACAUGGUCACGGUGCAGAUACUACUGAAGUCGAAUACACACUUGAUGUUGGAAAUAACGCUGUAAUGGAUAUUGAUAUCAGUACAAAGAAGAAUUAUAAACUCUACAUUGUUGCUGUCACCAAAUCAACAACGUAUCAGCUGACAUUUGAAUGA